AUGUGGCUUAGGGGGUCAGCUCUCCCCCUGCCCAGUGGUGCCUAUGCCAGUCCUCGGGCAGCCUGUGAGCUGGCCCUCUUCAGGUUUGUUAUGUACCCCAACGGGGAGCUGCCCGGUGGUCUGCUGGAGUCUGGGAGUCCUUCUGUGAUCAUCAGCUCUCUACCAACAUUCCCCUUUGACGUGAUACCCAUGUUGCACGGUCUCUCAGCAGAGAUGAUGGGAGUGACCCAUGAUUCACAUCAGCCUGGAUUUGGAAAUUCCACUUACUUGGAUGAUCAUGGGCCACCUCCUAGUAAGUUUGAAAUUGUGACUGUAAUCUCCUUCAACCAGCAGAAGUUUGUACGAGGCCGAUCCUCUUACUAUAAAUGUAUUUUCAUUAUCCAGGAGUGGAGUGGCAAAAACGCUCUUGACUUUCGAAGCAGUAGCCAAAAUAAGGAGAAGAAUAUAAAAAUGAAUAAAAAGAAUGUGCUACCUUUCCCGAGCCAGGUCGUGUACAACAGGGUAGGCAAGUGUGGGAGUCGUACUGUGGUCUUGCUUCUGAGAAUCUUGUCAGAGAAGCACGGAUUCAAUUUGGUCACGUCAGACAUUCACAACAAAACCAGGCUUACUAAAAAUGAACAAAUGGAACUGAUUAAAAAUAUAAGUACUGCCGAACAGCCCUAUUUAUUCACUCGACAUGUUCAUUUCCUCAACUUCUCAAGGUUUGGAGGAGACCAGCCCGUCUACAUCAACAUCAUUAGAGACCCCGUCAACCGGUUUUUAUCUAACUAUUUUUUCCGUCGAUUUGGAGACUGGAGAGGGGAACAGAACCACAUGAUCCGCACCCCCAGCAUGAGGCAGGAGGAACGCUACCUGGAUAUCAAUGAGUGUAUUCUUGAAAACUAUCCUGAGUGUUCCAACCCCAGAUUAUUUUACAUCAUUCCAUAUUUUUGUGGACAGCAUCCCAGAUGCAGGGAGCCUGGUGAGUGGGCCCUUGAAAGAGCAAAACUGAACGUGAAUGAAAACUUCCUGCUUGUGGGGAUUCUUGAAGAGUUGGAAGAUGUGCUGCUUUUACUGGAAAGAUUUUUACCUCAUUACUUCAAGGGUGUGCUCAGUAUCUACAAAGACCCAGAGCAUAGGAAACUUGGAAAUAUGACUGUGACCGUGAAGAAGACUGUCCCCUCCCCCGAGGCCGUGCAGAUUCUCUACCAGCGAAUGAGAUACGAGUAUGAGUUCUACCACUACGUCAAAGAGCAGUUCCACCUGCUGAAACGCAAGUUUGGACUGAAGUCCCACGUCAGCAGGCCCCCUCUGAGACCCCAGUUCUUUAUUCCAACUCCACUGGAAACCGAGGAGCCGAUCGAUGAUGAGGAACAAGAUGACGAGAAGUGGCUAGAAGAUAUUUAUAAGAGAAACCAACAACUCUCUCUAGAGUUUUUUCUUCGUUCACUAAAAUUGGACAGUAGCCAAGAUAUAAAGCAAGUCAUUUGGAACCUGUCGAGUGUGCACUAA